UCUCUCUCACACACACACACACACACACACACACACACACUGGAGCCAGAGGAGUACGGCUCCUGACUUCUUCUCACUGUUUGAUGGUGUUUUUAGUCAGAGAAACAGAGCCGUGCUCCCUCCUGGGAGAAACCACGCAUGCUCCAAACUGCAGUGUGGUGGGCGUCGGGGAGAAGAUCCUGCUGUUCACACACCGGCCGGCCACAGAGCAGCUGCUCCACCGCCUCACAGACCACGAUGAGCUGCAGGACGGGGACCUGGUCGAGGUCAUCGUCUCAGGACUGGCCACCGUGAACGAAAUGAAGAUCCGCCCACACUCCCUGGUGGUCCAAUCAUAUCGGACUCCCACUUUCUGCCACCACUGUGGAGAAAUGCUGUGGGGUCUUGUUCGCCAGGGAUUAAAAUGUGAAGGUUGCGGACUCGACUUCCAUAAGCGCUGUGCUCUCCAGUUGCCCAACAACUGCAGCUGGACGCGACGCCAGGUUGGCCCCAGCCUCUCCCUGUUGCCUCCCCGCAGACCCACCAUGUGCUCCCUCUCCACACAGGCAGGGGGCAGUCUAGAGGAGAUCAGCAUGUCAAAGCCCAGGUCCAGGCCUCCGUCCUGGGCCGAGCCUCCGGUGUGGCUGGGUGUGGGUUUCGGAGAUGAGAUCAAGGCCCACGUCCCGCACACCUUCCACAUCCACAGCUACACCAAACCUACAGUCUGCCAGCACUGCCACCGCCUGCUCAAAGGGCUCUUCAGACAGGGCCUGCAGUGCUCCGACUGCAGGUUUAAUUGUCAUCGGCGCUGCGAGCCGUUAGUCCCCAGAGACUGUCCAGGAGAGAAGAGAGGCAUCAACGGGGAAGAAUCCACGGCCGUUCACGUCUACAGACGAGACUCGGAGGACGGCGAGUCAGAGGUCAGCAGCACGACGACACUAGAAAGCCUGGACGAUGACAUGUCCGCUGACAGUGACUCACUGAUGGAGAUCAAGGACGUCGUCCCGCAGCAACCACCAAUCAGUCCGUGUUUCAGCACUUACAUCCCCCUGAUGAGGGUGGUGCAGUCGGUGCAUCACGCCAAGAGGAGAGCCAGCGGAGUCUUGAGGGAGGGGUGGCUGCUGCAUCACACCAACACUGACACAAUGAGGAAACGCCAUUACUGGGUCUUGGACUGGAAGAGCAUCACUCUGUACCAGAACGAGAGCAGCACCAAGUACUACAAGGACAUCCCUCUGUCCGAGGUCCUGGAGGUCCGAGGCCCCGCCCAGCUCUCUGUGCCCUUGUUGCUGGGCGACAUGGCCCAUUCCUUCGAGGUGGUGACGGCCUCAGCGGUGUACUGUGUGGUGGCUGGCAAGGCUGGUCCGGCCUGGGAGGGUGCUAUCCGCCAGGCUCUGAUGCCCGUGGAGGGGCACACACUGGGCAAGGAGAACCAGGAUAAAGGUCAACUCGGCGGAGACAGAGUGGAUAUCAGCUCGGUGUAUCAGAUCUUUACAGAUGAGGUGCUGGGGUCGGGACAGUUUGGAGUCGUCUAUGGAGGCACUCACAGGCAGUCGGGUCGGCCUGUAGCCAUCAAAGUCAUCGACAAGACGCGCUUCCCCACCAAGCAGGAGCGACAGCUCAGGAACGAAGUGGCCAUCCUGCAGAGCCUGUCCCACCCCGGAGUGGUUCUGUUGGAGGGCAUGUUCGAGACCGUGGAGCACGUCUUCGUUGUCAUGGAGAAGCUCCACGGUGACAUGUUGGAAAUGAUCCUGUCCAGUGAGAAAGGCCGACUGCCCGAACGCAACACACGCUUCCUGGUCAUUCAGAUCCUUGAGGCUCUGAGGUACCUGCACUUAAAACACAUUGCUCACUGUGACCUUAAACCUGAGAAUGUCCUUCUGGCUUCUGCAGACCCUUUCCCUCAGGUGAAGCUGUGUGACUUCGGCUUCGCCCGCAUCAUCGGUGAAAAGUCGUUCCGUCGGUCGGUGGUGGGCACGCCCGCCUACCUGGCCCCCGAGGUCAUCAGCAGCUGCGGCUACAACCGCUCGCUGGACAUGUGGUCAGUGGGCGUCAUCAUGUACGUCAGCCUGAGUGGCACCUUCCCCUUCAACGAGGACGAGGACAUCGGGCAGCAGAUCACCAACGCUGCCUUCAUGUACCCACGGCAACCCUGGUCCACCAUCUCACUGGAGGCGGUGAGUCUGAUCAGUAACCUGCUGCAGGUGUCGGUGAGACGCAGGUUCAGCGUGGGCAAAGCUCUGGGCCACCGCUGGCUGCAGGACUUCCAGCUGUGGUGUGACCUGAGGGAGUUUGAGCAGAGGAUGAGCUGGAGGUACCUGACGCACCAGGGCGACGAGGAGCGCUGGAGACGCUACGCUCAGGAGAAAUGCCUGGACUUCCCCUCUCACCUGUCCUGGGACCCCGGAAACAACCCUGACAUGUGACCUCAGCAUCAGAGUCAGAGGUUAAAGGUCAGGGUGGCGGGACUGAAAGCUGGUCACAGUUGACUGUGCAGCACAGAUGCAGCCUGAGGCGGGCUGAGCUGCGCUCAAUCACUUUUAUCACGCGGUGAUGCUGAAUACUUAACUCUGAUUGGUCAACUAAGGCAUUCUGCAGUCGGUUAUUUCUGAAUAGGAUACCAGUGUCAAGCUGCGACCUCAACAUCGAACCUGUUGCAUUCCAAACUUACAGAGGAGGGUUAGGACCACAUGAGUUCUGAGGACAGUGAAAUGUCUUAAUUUAUGUUUUUCUCACAAUUCUGAGCUUAAUAUCUUAUCUUUUUUUUAUUUUCAUGUGGUCCUAAUCUACCUCCCUACAGAUUAAUGCACUUCAUAAUGUGUGUUGUAUAUAGAAAGAAGCCUGGUCUCUAGCUGGCUCAUGAAUUCAGAUGGAAAAUGUGAAUUACUUUACAUCCCCAGUUAGCUAACAUACAUUUUUCAUAACAUAAAGACACGUAAUAACCAGGAUAAUCCACAACAAGGUCAAUAUUUUUUGCCGUUGAUCAUCCCUUAGCCAACUUAAAAGUAAUUUAAAAUGAAAAUUAACCAAAUCUAAACAUGUUUUGUUCGAUUUGUUAGUUUCUGUUCAUGCCAAGACAUUAAUUUCAGAGCGCAUCACUGGAGUGCAAAAGUUGUCCACGUAUAUUUAUACUGGAACUAUCCUCAUUGUGGAUUGAAACAAAAUCUUGUUUCUUUCUGCUAAAGAUAAUAAUUAAAAAAAAA